UGUACAGGGAACACUUCGCGCUAAAUUUUGAAAAGCGUUCACUUCAUUGAGCGCGUUUUGUCAGCAUAGCAAGGACGAUACCAGCUACUAAACAAUUCGACUCUAACUGACUCAAGAGUAUCAGGAUGAUUACCCAGAAGAAUGGCCCUGUGGACCGAGGCUGUGCUGUGGCCGUCAUCAUCUUUAUCCUGGGACUGGGGACACUGCUGCCAUGGAACUUCUUCAUCACCGCCACUGAGUAUUUCGACGACCGCCUCAAAGGGACCCCGUCAAGUUACGGAACGACCCCAGUUGCUAAUGGAACGACCCCAGUUGCUAAUGGAACGACCCCAGUUACUAAUGGAACGACCCCAGUGACUAAAGACUACGAGUUUGCCAGCUUUAUGACACUUCUAGCCCAGCUUCCCCUGCUCCUCUUCACCCUGGCCAACUCUUUCCUGUAUCAGCGUAUCAGAGAGAAGGUCCGGAUUGCUGUCAGUCUGGUCUCCAUCCUCUGCCUCUUCCUCCUCACGGCCAUUAUGGUCAAGGUGCCCAUGCAGCCCGACAGCUUCUUCUCUAUUACCAUGGCAACUAUCUGGUUCAUCAACUCUUUUGGAGCUGUGCUUCAGGGCAGUCUGUUUGGGCUGGUAGGAAUGCUCCCCCCGAAGUACAGCACGCUGUUCAUGAGUGGUCAGGGACUGGCAGGGAUCUUCGCUGCCCUGGCCAGUCUGCUCUCUAUCCUCAGUAAAACAGACAAGGCCAGUGCCGCUCUUGGAUACUUCAUCACCCCCUGUGUGGCGACUCUGCUCACUUUGCUCAGCUACUUACUACUGCCACACCUGGAGUUUGCCCGGUUCUACUUUGAGAAAAGUCAAAGUCACCAUGGCCAACUGGCGACCCCAAACGGGCCUUUCGAAAGUGCAGACAAAGAAAAAGAAGCUUUGGCCAAUGGUGACCUGAAUGGCUACAACAAUGAACCCAUAAUAACAAAUGGUGAUUUUGAGGCCAGUAGGACCAAAGAAGCCCUGUUCAUGACGAAACAGACUGACAGUCACACCAGGUCAUCUGUCCUGGCAGUCUUCAAAAAGGUUUGGGUGAUGGCCCUCUGUGUGACAUGUGUGCUGGCUGUCACACUGUCGGUUUUCCCCGCUGUCACAGUAAAAGUGAAGAGUGUGUAUGGAAACAAAGAGUGGGACCGAUACUUUCUCUGCGUCUGCUGCUUCAUCGUCUUUAACGUCAUGGACCUGAUUGGCCGCAGUGUCACCUCUAUGGUUCAGUGGCCCUCCAAGAGAAGCCGCCUGUUCCCUGUGCUCGUGGUGUCCCGCGUGGUCUUCAUCCCUCUCAUCAUGCUGUGUAAGACUGACAACCGUCAGUACCUGCCGGUCCUGUUCUCCCACGACGUUGCCUUCGUUGCCAUCAUGACAUUAUUCGCCGUGUCCAAUGGAUACUUAAUCUGUCUCUGCAUGUCCUACGCACCUCAGCUGGUGAGGUCUAAAGACUGUGAGACAGCAGGUGCCUUGAUGACCUUCUUCCUGGCUCUGGGUCUGUCUCUAGGGGCAGCCCUCUCCUUCCUGCUGAGGAACCUGCUUUAGGGAACACUACCUUCUACAUACAGUGGGGCAAAAAAGUAUUUAGUCAGCCACCAAUUGUGCAAGUUAUCCCACUUAAAAAGAUGAGAGAGGCCUGUAAUUUUCAUCAUAGGUACACUUCAACUAUGACAGAAAAAAAUGAGAGAGAAAAAAUCCAGAAAUCACAUUGUCUGAUUUUUUAUGAAUUUAUUUGCAAAUUAUGGUGGAAAAUAAGUAUUUGGUCACCUACAAACAAGCAAGAUUUCUGUCUCUCACAGACCUGUAACUUCUUCUUUAAGAGGCUCCUCUGUCCUCCACUCGUUACCUGUAUUAAUGGCACCUGUUUGAACUUGUUAUCAGAAUAAAAGACACCUGUCCACAACCUCAGAGUCACACUCCAAACUCCACUAUGGCCAAGACCAAAAAUUGUAGACCUGCACCAGGCUGGGAAGACUGAAUCUGCAAUAGGUAAGCAGCUUGGUUUGAAGAAAUCAACUGUGGGAGCAAUUAUUAGGAAAUGGAAGACAUAUAAGACCACUGAUAAUCUCCCUCGAUCUGGGACUCCACGCAAGAUCUCACACGGGGGGACCUAGUGAAUGACCUGCAGAGAGCUGGGACCAAAGUAACAAAGCCUACCAUCAGUAACACACUACGCCGCCAGGGACUCAAAUCAUGCAGUGCCAGACGUGUCCCCCUGCUUAAGCCAGUACAUGUCCAGGCCCGUCUGAAGUUUGCUAGAGAGCAUUUGGAUGAUCCAGAAGAAGAUUGGGAGAAUGUCAUAUGGUCAGAUGAAACCAAAAUAUAACUUUUUGGUAAAAACUCAACUUGUCGUGUUUGGAGGACAAAGAAUGCUGAGUUGCAUCCAAAGAACACCAUACCUACUGUGAAGCAUGGGAGUGGAAACAUCAUGCUUUGGGGCUGUUUUUCUGCAAAGGGACCAGGACGACUGAUCCGUGUAAAGGAAAGAAUGAAUGGGGCCAUGUAUCGUGAGAUUUUGAGUGAAAACCUUCUUCCAUCAGCAAGGGCAUUGAAGAUGAAACAUGGCUGGGUCUUUCAGCAUGACAAUGUUCUCAAACACACUGCCCGGGCAACGAAGGAGUGGUUUCGUAAGAAGCAUUUCAAGGUCCUGGAGUGGCUUAGCCAGUCUCCAGAUCUCAACCCCAUAGAAAAUCUUUGGAGGGAGUUGAAAGUCUGUGUUGCCCAGCAACAGCCCCAAAACAUCACUGCUCUAGAGGAGAUAUACAUGGAGGAAUGGGCCAAAAUACCAGCAACAGUGUGUGAAAACCUCGUGAAGACUUACAGAAAACGUUUGACCUCUGUCAUUGUCAACAAAGGGUAUAUAACAAAGUAUUGAGAUAAACUUUUGUUAUUGACCAAAUACUUAUUUUCCACCAUAAUUUGCAAAUAAAUUCAUAAAAAAUCCGACAAUGUGAUUAUCUGGAUUUUUUUUCUAAUUGUGUCUGUCAUAGUUGAAGUGUACCUAUGAUGAAAAUUACAGGCCUCUCUCAUCUUUUUAAGUGGGAUAACUUGCACAAUUGGUGGCUGACUAAAUACUUUUUUGCCCCACUGUACCGCUCUAACCAAAGUAAGUCUGGUGACACUCUAAUACAAAGAGACUGCUAUCCUGAACCUAAAAGGGUUAUUCAUCUGUCCCCAUAGGAGAACCCUUUGAAGAAGCCUUUUUGAUUCCAGGCAGAACCCUUUUGGGUUCCAUGUAGAACCCUAGGUAAAAAGAAAAGGGUUCUACCUGGAGCCGAAAAGGGUUCUCCUAUGGGGACAGCCAAAUAACCCUUUUGGAACUAUUUUUUUCUAAGAGUGUAUUUAUGUGUUACUCGCUGAAUAGAAAUGGGUUAUACACAUAUUCAUUAAUGCCAAAGCAAACGUACAGUACCAGUCAAAAGUUUGGACAAACCUAUUCAUUCCAAGGUUUUUCUUUAUUUUGACUAUUUUCUACAUUGUCGAAUAAUAGUGAAGACAUAAACUAUGAAUAACACAUAUGGAAUGAUGUAGUAACCAAAACAUUUAUUUUAUAUUUGAGAUUCCUCAAAGUAGCCACCCUUUGCCAUGAUGACAGCUAUGGACACUCUUAGCAUUCUCUCAACCGGCUUCAUGAGGUAGUCACCUGGAAUGCAUUUCAAUUAACAGGUGUGCCAUGUUAAAAGUUAAUUUGUGUCAUUUAUUUCCUUAAUUGCGUUUGAGCCAAUCAGUUGUGUUGUGACAAGGUAGGGGUGGUAUACAGAAGAUAGCCCUAUUUGGUAAAAGAUCAAAUCCAUAUUAUGGCAAGAACAGCUCGAAUAAGCAAAGAGAAAUGACAGCCCAUCAUUACUUUAAGACAUGAAGGUCAGUCAAUCCGGAAAAUUUCAUGAACUUUGAGUUUCUUCAACUGCAGUCGCUGUUUUAUACUCUUGUGAAUUCAAUGGUUUUUACUAGAUUACUUGUAGUUUGUCAUGUUGUCUGUCUAUUUUUUUUUGUAAUGACUUGGUGCUGCCUAUCUUGGCCAGGGCGCUCUUGAAAAAGAGAUUUUAAUCUCAAUGAGCCCUUCCUGGUUAAAUAAAGGUUAAAUAAAUAAAAAAUACCAUCAAAAGCCAUGAUGACACUGGCUCUCACGAGGACCGCCACAGGAAAGGAAGACCCAGAGUUACCUCUGCUGCAGAGGAAAAGGUCAUUAGAGUUAACUGCACCUCAGAUUGCAGUCCAAAUAAAUGCUUCACAGAGUUUAAGUAACAGACACAUCUCAACAUCAACUGUUCAGAGGAGACUGCGUGAAGAUACCACUACUAAAAGACACCAAUAAUAAGAGACUUGCUUGGGCCAAGAAACACAAGCAAUGGACCUUAGACCGGUGGAAAUCUGUCCUUUGAUGAGUCCAAAUUUGAGAUUCUUGGUUCCAACCGCCGUGUCUUUGUAAGAUGCAGAGUAGGUGAACGGAUGAUCUCUGCAUGUGUGGUUCCCACCGUGAAGCAUGGAGGAGGAAGUGUAAUGUUUUUGGAGUGCUUUGCUGGUGACACUGUCUGUGAUUUAUUUAGAAUUCAAGGCACACUUAACCAGCAUGGCUACCACAGCAUUCUGUAGCAAUACGCCAUCCCCUCUGGUUUGCACUUAGUGGGACUAUCAGUUGUUUUUCAGCAGGACAAUGACCCAAAACACACCUCCAAGCUGUGUUGGGGCUAUUUGACCAAGGAGAGUGAUGGAGUGCUGUUGAAGGAUUUUUUAUCAAUAAUGACCAAAUAAUGUAUACAUUUGGCGUAGAGUUAUAACUCACAAGAGUUAUCUGUUGUCUGUUGAAGAAUAUGUUGUUACAUAGGCCAAGAGGAAGGGUCAACAGACAGCUUGUGAUCACAGUGAAACUAACAACAGGAAAGAUGUCUGGUCCCCAACCAGGGAGGGGAGAAACCGUUGGGCGUGCAGUAGAUUGUGUAACAUAUGGUAGCAGAAGAUAAGCAAUGUGUAUGUGUUGGAAUUGAAUUGAAAAGCAGCUUUGUCAUGAUCCAGGAGGAGGAGGGACAUUUUUGUAAGACAUGACGCUAUGUGUGAUAUAUAAACUAAUGUACAUGUGAUUAUGUUCAGAGCUCUCGGGAAUAAUUGCUAUUGAUUAAUUUUGAGACUGAUCUUUGCCUGUUUCAUGCAAAUAAGAACCUUACAAAUUCUUAGAAACGGACAAAGUGUUUUGCUUUGUUACAGUUGAAUUGGUUGAUGAACAUAUAGGAAUUAAAGUGCUGCAUCAGACCUGGCCUCCACAAUCACCCGACCUCAACCCAUUUGAGAUGCUUUGGGAUGAGUUGGAACCACAGAGUGAAGGAAAAGCACCUAACAAGUGCUCAGCAUAUGUGGGAACUCCUUCAAGACUGUUGAAAAAGCAUUUCUCAUGAAGCUGGUUAAGAGAAUGCCAAGAGUGUGCAACGUUGUCAUCAAGGCAAAGGGUGGCUACAUUGAAGAAUGUAAAAUAUUAAAUAUAUUUUUGAUUGGUUUAACACUUUUUUGGUUAUUACAUGAUUCCAUAUGUGUUAUUUCAUAGUUGUGAUGUCUUCACUAUUAUUCUACAAUGUAUAAAAUAGUACAAAAAUAAAGAAAAACCCUUGAGUAGGUGUGUCCAAA